UAUAUCAAUCAUACGUUUGGUCUAAUGAUCCUGAUAUUCUUGAAUGUGGUGAAUGUGAUAAUUGUAAAAGGCGUGAAGCUGAUGGAGCCGUUUGGUAUGACAUAAAAGUAGAGGCAUUACGUUUGAUAAAAAUUGUACAAGAAUUAGUAUUAAGAGGAAGAAAUCCUAAUUUACAGUUUUUUCGUAUAACUAUACAUGAUAUAGUGGAUGUAUUUUGUGAUGCUAAAAAUGCUAAUGUGCGUGAUAAAGAUCUUAUAAGUCUAAAAGUAUAUGGAUAUAAUAAAAAUAAUAAGAUAAAUACACAUGAAUCUUGCUAUUAUUUGCUUGAUAUACUUAUCUCAAAAAAUGUUAUUAAACAAGAGAUUGAACUCAAAUCUUGA